AUGUCUACCAAUAAUUAAACAACGGAGAACAAUCCAAAUUUAUAGUCCUAGCAAAGCCCUUACUUGCUAGGUGGUUAAAACUAAUAAUCAAGGAGCCCUACUGAUAUACAGAGUAGAAUUCUCAAUCUAUCACCCUAUGAUAUCCCAGUUGGAGUCCCAAAUCAAAAUGCCAUUUAAACAGGUUAUGGAGGCCAAAUCUAAGGUAACUUAGGAGUUGGAAAUUCACCAUAUGGCGCCAAUAUCAAUUCUCAAACACCAACUCCACAAUCUCAAUCUACUGGGAUACUACCAUAAUAGCAGCAUUAUAUUCCUUAACAGUUUAGCUAAGACUAACAAAAUUAGUUCACUAGACAGUAGUAAUAAUUUGUUCCAUAAAUGCAGCCAUAAAUUCAAUCACAACAUUCUGGAAUACCUACUUAGUUUAUUUAACCUGCUUACUAAUAGCCACCAUCCUAGAUGAUGGCUUAAAAUUAAUUCAAUUAGUAAUAACCUCUUGGAGGUUCAUAGUACCAAGUCCCUAGGCAUUAAUAAGGGGAUUUGCCUUUUGGAGUUUAAUAGCAACCGCAGUUUCUUGCUCCACCUUAAAGACAAUUGUUUUAAGAGCAAUAACUGGGCAAUCCAUAUUAAAUGUAGCAACAGCAAUAACCAGGAGGCUUAGGAAUAGGUCUAGCUCCACAGCCAUUAAUGCCUCCAUCAAGAACUGAAGACCAAAGAAAAAUAUACAUUCUCGACCUAAUUAUGAAAUAUCAAGACAUUUUAACUUAGGAAGAAAGAGAGAACAUCAAGAAAAACAAUUAAUGGGUCUCAACUGGAAUGCUGAUGGGUUUAAUCUCACUACCCUUUUCUAUUUAUCUUUCAUCAUAAGCAAGAAGAUAUCCAGCGAGGAGACGAGAAUUUCUAACUAGAAUUUUACUGUUGCCCUUCAUACCAUUGACUAUAAUGGCUUACUAUGGUAGAUAGUAAAGAAGAUUACUUGAAUAGUUUAGUGACAAGUAUUUUAAGCAUUUAAAUGAUCAAGAUUUGGAUAAUUUCGAGACCUAUUAUCACAUGAAAAAGAAUUUACACUUACAGAGAUUAUAGCCAGUUUAUCCUCCCAAUCAACAAAUGCUACCACCAGGUGUACCUCCCCCUGCAUAUUAACCUUAAGGAAUAAAUCCCAAUCAAUAUACUCAUGGCUAGAAUUACAACUUUUAAGGACAGACUACUCCUUAAUAGUAACAGUUCUAACCAAACAACACUCCUACUUUGCUAUCAUUAGAUCUAGGAAAUUUGUCAACUCUGAAUAAUGAAAGAGGAUAAUCAAAUGAUACUAAAAUAUCAACUGAUAGUAAAGAAGAGGCUAAGAGCUUGUGA